UAGUUAAAAUCAAUAUCUGCUGACUGCGUACCGGUCUUGGUGGAAGAACUCCAGCAACAGAAGCAGGAGAUAAUCUUGGAUGUGCUUUGAAAUUUGAAAGUUCUGUGUGGUGGUCUAAUUUGGGAUAAAUACUACAUUACAUUGGAUGCAAUUGUCUUCCUGAGUUAUGGUUGACAGAACAUGCUACUCUUGUUCUAAAAAAGAAACACAGUGGAUUGCUACAAAAGACUUGAAUCUCUUCUCUGAGAGGAAAUGUCUAUGGUUGCUGGACGCUGAGCCAUAGUGAAGCAACUCACUUAAAGCCAUAUCUCUUAAGCCAGUGUUCAGUAUUUUCAAGAAGCUUUGGGAGAGUACAUCUGAACUAAGAAGAUGUGUGGAGGUACUCCAAAGACCGCACAUAGCACAGGAGGGCAAACAGACCAAGCAAGAAACUGUAAUAAUGCCUCUUGCCCACUGGAAAAUAAUAUCUCAAACAAAAAAUCUUUUGUGGAAGAACAGAGCACUGACAGUAAAAGCAGUGUCAAUACGUUGUUGCAAAAGAGCUGGUCCUGUUCGGAGUUUGACUUGAAUGAAAUCCGCCUGAUAGUUUACCAGGAUUGUGAGAGAAGAGGCAGACAGGUCUUGUUUGAUUCCAAAGCAGUGCGCAAAGUUGAUGAGGCAGCAGCUCAGAAAAUAGAGGAUGCUUCAGGAAAGGCUUCUGCCAAGUGCUGCCAAGCAAGCAAUGGAACCAAUAGUAUUUCUUCCCAUAGUCCAUCAGUGGGCUGUACACAGCAUGUCAAGGACCAGCUUCCAAAGUACCAGUACACUAGACCAGCCUCUGAUGUCAACAUGCUUGGAGAAAUGAUGUUUGGCUCAGUGGCAAUGAGUUACAAAGGUUCUACCUUGAAAAUCCACUACAUACGCUCUCCUCCGCAGCUUAUGAUAAGUAAAGUGUUCUCAGCCAGAGUGGGAAGCUUCAGUGGAAGCACAAAUAACUUGCAAGAUAGCUUUGAAUACAUCAACCAAGAUCCCAAUCUGGGAAAACUGAGCUCUAAUCAAAAUGGUUUGGGCACCUGCCGUAGUGGAAGUAAUCUAGGUGUGUUACAGCUGUGUAGCAGCAAAGUGCUGCAGGGUGUAUCUGAAGGAGUUCCCCUCCGGCUCAUCCGGAGUGCUUCUUUCUUUGCAGCACAUAGCACCCCGGUUGAUAUGCCUAGCAGAGGGCAAAAUGAGGACAGAGACAGCGGCAUUGCUCGGUCAGCAUCUCUGAGUAGUCUCUUGAUUACACCGUUCCCAUCACCAAGCUCCUCAUCCUCCUCUUCCAGUAGCUACCAGCGCCGCUGGCUCCGAAGUCAAACAACAAGUUUAGAAAAUGGAAUUAUUCCAAGGUGGUCCACCGAAGAGACUUUUAGCAUGGCUGAUGAAAGCUGUAGUUCCAAUCCUGCAAUGAUUCGGAGGAAAAAAAUUGCCAUCAGUGUAAUUUUCUCCCUGCCUGAAAGAGAAGAUGCACAGAGGAACUUCCAGGACUUCUUUUUUUCUCACUUCCCUUUAUUUGAAUCCCAUAUGAAUAAGUUAAAGAGUGCAAUUGAAAAGGCCAUGAUCCUCUGUAGAAAAAUAGCAGAAUCCAGCCUAAGAGUUCAGGUUUAUAUCAGCCGUGUCACGGAUGCCCUGGGAGAAUUCAGACUUACAAUCUGGAACCUGUAUUCAGUUCCAAGGAUCGCAGAACCUGUGUGGCUUACCAUGAUGUCCAACGCUUUGGAAAAGAACCAGCUAUGCCAGCGCUUUCUUAAGGAAUUUACACUUCUGAUAGAACAGAUCAACAAAAACCAGUUCUUAGCUGCUUUAUUGACUGCGGUGCUGACCUAUCACCUGGCGUGGGUCCCAACUGUAAUGCCAGUCGACCAUCCUCCCAUAAAGGCCUUCCCUGAGAAAGGCACAUCACAAUCUGUAAACCUGCUUGCAAAAUCACAUCCUUAUAACCCUCUCUGGGCACAGCUCGGUGAUCUGUAUGGUGCCAUAGGCUCUCCCGUUAGGCUGACACGGACUGUGAUUGUUGGAAAACAUAAGGAAUUAGUUCAACGUAUUCUCUACGUUCUAACAUACUUCCUCCGGUGCUCUGAGCUACAAGAAAAUCAACUGGCCUGGAAUGGGAAAGUUGGAGAGGAAGAGCAACUGCUAAAUGGAAGGAAGAUCACAACUACAUUGGAAAAGGGAGAGGUUGAAGAAUCUGAUUAUGUGAUUGUCACUGUUAAGAAUGAACCCGCUCUUGUGCCGCCAAUCCUACCUCAGAAGAAUGGUGGAAAUCAAACCAGUAGCACUGUGGGGCAUGUCAGUAACCCAGAGAGCUCUCCUGCUCUGCCAAUGUCCUCAAAAGAAAAGAAUGAAGAAGUAACAGGAAAGGCUGAUCAGAGCUCCAGGGCAUCCUAUAUUGUAUCAAAAGACUGCACAGUUGGCAGUUCUGAGUCUAAAGGAAUGGUGGAUGACUGUAGGAAAGGGAAGGUAGUUGAUAUAGGAACUGUGUCCUACUAUUUUGAAGAACAAAUAGAAUCAGAGGAUUUAACGGAUGUCUUAAAGAAUAGCAACCAGGCCACUAGUGAAGUAGCAGAAAAGCCAUCUGACAGGUCAUCUGCUGUACCGUGUCCUGAGAGGUUUGUUGAUAGGAGUCCUCCUUUAGAAAGGGUCACCUUCCAAAUUGGAAGUUCUACAUCGCCAGAGUCAGAUUUAGAAACUCGCAAGAGUGACAUGGAUGAAAAUUUUAGGGCGUUCAAAAAAAAUCUACAGGUAGCAAGCUGUAUGUCAAGUCCACCAAAUGUGCCUGCAGAAACUUCCCUGAGCCAACAAGAAACUUCCAAAGCCUCCCUUAACCCAUUACACAGUAGGCGUAAUAUCUGUUACGCACAAAUUCCGUCAUGUGAAGUGAGUGCGAAUAUAUUUGAUGAAUAUUUUGCCGAGGGUAAUAAAAUUGAAAUGAAUGUAGCAAAUACUUCUACUCUGCGUGGUUUGUCAGAUGAACCACUUAAGCCAUCUGAUAAAAUAGAAACUGUAAAAACAGAAAUCUUAGAGGAAGCUAGAACCCUGUGCUCCAAGAAUGGGGAGGGCCAUUCACUUGACUCUGUUAAAACAAGUUCUGACGUACAGGACUCUGGCCAAGUAGUCACUGAAGAUGUCCCCUAUGGGGAUGCUGGAAGGAAAAUCCCCUUCCGAAUCGAAGGGGAUAUUCCUAGGAAUGAGAGUUCAGAUAGUGCACUUGGAGACAGCGACGACGAUGGUGCUUCAUGUAUCUCUGAUCUACACCCUCGAGGCCAUGUCAGCAAUAGGCAUGAAGAAUUUACAGAAGUAGAACUUCCUUUACCAAGAUCCAACAUAAUCAGCAGUCCAAGUGUGAAAAACUUUGGAAGGUCACUUCUCGGUGGUUACUGUCCCACAUACAUGCCUGAUCUGGUACUGCAUGGAAUAAGUAAUGAUGAAAAACUCAAGCAGUGGUUACCAGCAGAUCUGCUUCAUGCAGUGCAUCAUCCAGUACUAGAUGAGCCCAUAGCAGAAGCUGUCUGCAUUAUUGCCGAUACGGAUAAAUGGACUGUACAGGUGGCUACAAGCCAGAGAAGGAUGAUGGACAGUAUGAAGCUAGGCAAAGAUGUCUUAGUCUCCAGUCAAGUGUCCAAUUUGCUGCAGUCCAUUUUACAGCUUUACAAACUCCACCUCCCAGCUGACUUCUGCAUAAUGCAUCUUGAGGAUAGACUACAGGAGAUGUACCUCAAAAGCAAAAUGCUCUCAGAAUACCUGCGAGGACAUACAAGAGUUCAUGUAAAAGAGCUAGGAAUUGUAUUGGGGAUUGAAUCCAAUGACUUGCCUUUGUUGGCUGCUGUCGCAAGCACUCACUCCCCGUAUGUUGCUCAAAUACUCUUAUAAGUUAAAAUCUCAGGAUAGUCAUUCCCUAAACAAACUACAGGAAUCUUGAAGGAAGAACAGACGUGCCAAGUACCGGUAAAGAGGAGCAGGUGUAUGGCAGUGCAUUCCAACACCUUUUGAUUCUACUUUCAGCUGGACACUUUAUCUAAAGACUUCAGUUUACAUAAUACAAAAGUCAUUCGAGUUGAUUUUUUUACACUCACCUCUGAGUUAACAAAUCAUGAAGGUGAAUGCAUCCUUGCGGUCUUUUUAAAUGACAAAAAUAAACACUACAGCAAACACUGAACUGUCAGCAGAAAAUACUGCUAAAAAAACCCAUGAGGUGGCAGUAAAAAGAACAGGUGGAAUAGGAUAGUUCUUCUAAUACUGCACUUGUGAUCGCAUGGUGUUUUGUGCGCUUCUUUGGUUGCGGAGCUGGAGUUGUAAACUAUGUACGUAGCAUUCCUAUACAGAGGUGUUUGGAUGGACACAAAGUUUUGCAGAACACAGACAUCCUUUUGUAUUGUAGUAGUGGCCAGCUCAAAACAAGAAACUUUGACUCGGCAGCUGAGUUAUGUGGCAUGUGUGAGGUUUAUUGUUUCUUUAAGGAUAAAAGGAAGCUGCAGCUGCUUCUAGUUUUACUGAUGAAAAAAUAGAAUGAGCUCGGAUUAUAAUUAGUGCCACCCCAACAUUAAUAUGAAGACAGCUUUUUGAGAGAGGAGGAUUUUUUAGAAAGUCUUAUAGAAUUUCUACUACAAGUUUACAUUCUUGCAUUUACAUCAUUAAUAGAUUUUUUUGCAUUUCUGUAUGACCUGUAAAACUGGGAAUUGGUCCUAUGUCUUAAUGGAAUCCAAUAUUGCCAUCUGAGAUAUUUCCGUUUGACAAGCUAACGUACAAUAUGUUACCAAAUGUGUUACAUUUUGUGUGUGUGUGUGUGUGUGUGUGUGCGCGUGCGCAUACACCAACCAAUUGGCAUAAACUCAAAAGUUUCUUUUAAAAAAAAAUAGACUGGUCAAAUGCAUUGCUACUAUUUGGAGAUGACUCUUUAUUCACACUGAAAGUAGGGGCUGUUUUAAGUGAAACAAAGAGGACAAUGACAAGCCUGGACAUCAUGAUUUAUUAAUAUGAACAUUCAUGAACAUCCACUAUGAUUCUACGGAACUUUUGCACUAUCAUCUCAGUGCCUUCUAAUCUAUUAAGGACUAACUGCUUUGAGGAAGAAACUUGCCCAUUAGGUCAAAUAGUUCAUAGCACCAGUCUCUCUAUUAUUCCCUAUAAUAGUAUACAGUUAUCUGAAAUUCUCUGCCCACAGGCACAAACUUUACUAUUUACAUACAAAGUAUACACAGCAAGGUACAAAGUUACUUUUUUCAUUGAACACUAUUGAGCAGCAUAUGUAACUAUUUAGACCAAGAAAGGGCAAAAGGAAAUAACAUUAUUUUCAAAGAAAGAAAGCUCGAGGCAAGGAACUCACCUAAGCAGAGUGUUAGACUAUCAAACAUUCCGUGGAAACACAGACAUGAGUAGUAUAGGGUACUUUUGGCAUUUGAUACCAAGCUGUCUAAAUACUUGUUUAGAAACAUAAACUCUUCCUACUAGAAUAAUUCCUGCCUGCUAGGAUUCAUUAAUUGGCUCACUGAACCAUCCUUGCUGGUGAUUCCAGAAUUCCCAGCAUUGUAGAAAUUCCUAGCAUUUAAGCACAGAGUUUCAGUUUAUACUGCCCUGAUAAUUGGCUUUCUAAAGAGAAUCUUCAAUAAUUAAAGUGAGAAAAGGUGAGUAUUACGGGGGUUUUCAUUUUGUUCUAAAUGUGACAGAAAAUUGCCCUUAAUCUUGUUAGUGUCUGUCUCGCGCUCUCUCUGAGAGGACCGUGUAGAUUACCAUGAGAAAUUUCUGUGCAGAAGGGUUGUGUCUCCAAGUUGAAGGACUCUUAAUUUCCAGGUAUGAUUUCUAAACAGAUAAGAUUAUUUAACAUCUAGGAUCUCCAAUCUAACAUACCAGGAGUCUCCCUUUUGCAUAGUACUUUCAGAGUAUGUCUACACAGCAAUGAAACACCCAUGGAUGGACCGUGUCAGCUAGUUCAGGCUGCAGGUCUAUAAAAUUGCAGUGUAGACUUUCAGGCUUGGGCUGGAGCAUGGACUGUGGGACAUUUCCUCCUCAUGGGGUCCCAGAGCCUGUGCUUCAUCCCAAGCCCAAACGUCUACACUGCAGUUUUAUAGCCGCACAGCCCAAGCCCCAUGAGCAUGAAUCAGCCGACCUAGGCCAGUCAUGGGUGUUUAAUUGCACUGUAGACAUUUAGGCCUUUUCUCCAAUAUGCUCUUCAGAGUGACUACAGUCUUCCUGAAGUUUGGGUUAUCUCUUAUUGCUGAUACAUGAAGAAAUCUGCUUGCCCUGAUUUGGUUCCCCUGAGCUGCUUUGACCUCCACUCCAUGGUUUGCUUGAAACCAAAUGACAUAGCAAGUGCACCUGUUGUCAAACUUCCCCUCUCUGCUUAGUAAGUGUGUAGGUGUGUGUAAUGACUUCCCUUGUAAGUAUGCAAGAAUUCUAUCUUUUAUGCAUUCUCAUUACUUCAUGCCCUGCAGUUUUUUUCAUAGUAAUUUAGUUUGUCUAGUUUCUGUUUAUGUUCAACAAAAAAUGGCUUGUCUUGUUUCCGUCUGAACUGACUUGAGUCCCAGUUUUGCAGAGAGGUGCCUGCAAGUGGACCUCUGUAUCCACAUGGAGCCCCAUUGAAGGCAAAUCAACCUGCACACAGCAUGUUGCAGGCUUAGAACCUUGAUCAGCAAUCCUUAAUUUACUACUUACCCCCAACAAAUGCUGCUGUUUGAUAAAAUUGUACAUUGAUUUAAGGAGAUGUAUGAACUGAUGAUUCAAAUGCAAUCGACUUUUCCUCAGCCCAGUAUAGUAUCUUUACAGUAUAGUUAUUGCCUUUUAUAUAACACUUUGCUGCUCUUCACAAAUUACACGAGACUGCCCUAUUUUUAGUCUCAAAAUUGAUUUCUAAAAUUAAGGUUUGUAUAAUUCUUAAUUUUAAAAAAAUGGUGGCUUUAGUUUAAAGAAACUUAAAUAUUUCUCCCUCCCGCCAAAUAUACUACCUCAAUUGACAGGAUACUACCUUUAGGGCUCUUCAACUUUGUAAAGCUUACCUGUUGAACAUUUUUGUAGCAUCUUGCUGGUUGGGCAAGUUAGUGUGGCAUGACAGAGCAGUAAGUAUGUACAAAUGUUGUUGUGUUAGACAUCUUUAUAGCAUGUUUCAGUUUUAUUUUUUUAAUAGAAUGAAAAGUGAUAUGAAUGUACAGGAAAAAUGUUUAAAACUUACAGUGAAAUAAAAAUGUAGCUGAAAUCUUCAAGAUUCCAAAGCUUUUUUAUUUUUAUCAGUAUUAUAAAUCUUUUGUAAACUUCUUAAUACAUAUUUUUCUUGGUUUUCAAGUGAGGCUGAGUAAUCUUUCAAAACCCUACAGAAAUGCAGUUUACACAUUCCAAUGUAAAGAAUGUACACCCUUCAGAGUAAAUUACUUUUACAGAUGUGGGGGAGAAAUGCCAGUACAGGUGAACACUAAACUGUAGGACUGCAUAUAAUAAGUCUUUUAAUCUAAAGCAGUUUCAAUAUGAACUAAACAUUUUAAUCUAGUUUAUAGCUUCCCAAAUUAUUAAUUAAUCUAAACUAUAGUUCUUCUGCCUCAAAUGUAUGAAUAUAUACUUUUAAUUCACUGUGUGUCUUUCAUAGCUAUAAUUUGGAGAACAAAAUAAAUAAGGUGUUUUGCUUGUAUAUUUUCACUCUCUUGAAAGUGAAAAGCCCUUUUUCAAAACACCAAACUGUUGUAUGUAAAGUGACACAACAUGGUCACUAUCUAAAGCAAGAUUCCCUCUCCCCAACCUCCACUCUUGGCUUAAAAGGACUCAGAUCAGAAUUGAGUCUAAACUGCCAAUUAUAUAGUAUACAUUAGCUAUUCCAGUUAAAUGGAUUAAAAUGACAUACAUAACUGGUUAUCCAUACUAGAAGCAAAUCAGAUUGUGUUGCUAUUGCAUGUUUUAUGAGAGGAUUUCCUUCUUUUAGGAUUGACUGAAUGGGUAUCAGUAUCAAAAACUGUGGAAAUUUUUUUUUCUUACUGCUGUUUAUGUACAGUAUAAUUUUGGUCUAUUUCUUUGCAACAUUUGGUGCAAUAAACGUUUUGAAUUCA